CUUUUUUUUUUUCCUUUCUUUUCUUCAGCUUAGUUCUCGAACUGAUAAACUCGAAAACGGACAUUGUCAGAUUUUCGAGAACUUAAAAAAGAGGAAGAGAGAGAAGAAAAAAAGGGCCUUUAGAUCUCUCAUUUCUUCUUUCACCCUCAGAUCUUCCCUCUCUCUUUUUCUUUCUUUCAAUCGCUAUUCUCACUCAAAGGCUUUAACUCAAUUCCCUUGUGUCUACUCAAUCUAACUCAAACUCAUUGAAGCUUUUCCUCCCUUUCUCUCCUUUUUUUUCCAUUUAACAACUUGGGUUAUCUUUGGUUUUUGAGUUUAUAAUGGCUGAACCAACAGAAACAAAGGCAGUCCCAGAAGCAGAAAAGAAGAAAGAACAAAGCUUGCCAUUUUACCAACUUUUCACUUUUGCUGACAAAUAUGAUUAUUUGUUGAUGAUCUCUGGUAGCUUGGGAGCUAUUAUCCAUGGUUCCUCAAUGCCUGUUUUCUUCUUGUUAUUUGGUGAAAUGGUUAAUGGCUUUGGCAAAAACCAAUCUGAUUUGCCUAAAAUGACUCAUGAAGUUGCCAAGUAUGCACUCUAUUUUGUGUAUCUUGGUCUUAUUGUCUGCCUAUCAUCUUAUGCAGAGAUUGCAUGUUGGAUGUACACAGGGGAAAGACAAGUAAGCACAUUCAGAAAAAAGUAUUUGGAAGCAGUUUUGAAGCAAGAUGUUGGAUUCUUUGACACUGAUGCAAGAACUGGGGAUAUUGUUUUUAGUGUCUCAACUGAUACUCUACUUGUCCAAGAUGCAAUCAGUGAGAAGGUUGGGAACUUUAUCCAUUAUUUGUCAACUUUCCUGGCUGGUUUGGUGGUUGGUUUUGUAUCAGCAUGGAGGUUAGCCCUGCUAAGUGUGGCAGUGAUCCCUGGAAUUGCAUUUGCGGGUGGUUUAUAUGCGUAUACUUUGACAGGCCUCACUUCCAAAAGCCGGGAAUCCUAUGCAAAUGCUGGCAUUAUUGCCGAGCAGGCCAUUGCACAAGUUCGGACCGUUUACUCGUAUGUUGGUGAGAGCGAGGCCCUUAAUUCCUACUCAGAUGCGAUACAGAAUACGCUAAAACUUGGGUACAAGGCUGGGAUGGCCAAGGGUUUGGGGCUAGGGUGUACAUAUGGCAUAGCUUGCAUGUCUUGGGCCCUUGUUUUUUGGUACGCUGGUGUUUUUAUCAGGAAUGGACAGACUGAUGGAGGCAAGGCAUUCACGGCAAUUUUCUCUGCCAUUGUUGGUGGCAUGAGUUUGGGUCAGUCAUUUUCCAAUCUUGGGGCAUUUAGUAAAGGAAAAGCAGCUGGUUACAAGUUGAUGGAGAUUAUCAAGCAAAGGCCCUCCAUAAUCCAAGACCAUUCAGAUGGAAAAGUACUGCCUGAGGUUAAUGGCAAUAUAGAAUUCAAGGAUGUGACUUUCAGCUACCCAUCAAGACCAGAUGUUAUCAUCUUUCGCAAUUUUGCAAUUUUCUUUCCAGCAGGAAAGACCAUUGCAGUUGUUGGUGGUAGCGGUUCAGGGAAGAGUACUGUUGUCUCUCUGAUAGAGAGGUUCUAUGAUCCUAACCAGGGACAGAUUUUGUUGGAUAAUGUGGACAUAAAGACACUGCAACUAAAAUGGUUACGUGAUCAGAUUGGUCUGGUGAAUCAAGAACCUGCUCUCUUUGCAACUACCAUUGUUGAGAACAUACUCUAUGGAAAGCCUGAUGCAACAAUGGAUGAAGUGGAAGCUGCUGCUUCUGCAGCAAAUGCUCACAGCUUUAUUACCCUACUUCCUAAUGGUUAUAGCACUCAGGUGGGAGAGCGAGGAGUCCAACUCUCUGGUGGCCAAAAACAGAGAAUUGCAAUUGCUAGAGCCAUGUUGAAGAACCCUAAGAUCUUGCUUCUUGAUGAAGCAACAAGUGCGCUUGAUGCAGGCUCUGAGAGUAUUGUUCAGGAAGCUCUUGAUCGCCUCAUGGUUGGCAGAACAACUGUAGUUGUUGCACAUCGCCUUUCCACCAUAAAGAAUGUUGAUUCAAUAGCUGUUAUACAGCAAGGGCGAGUUGUUGAGACAGGAACUCACGAAGAAUUGAUUGCUAAGGCAGGGGCAUAUGCUUCAUUAAUCAGAUUCCAAGAAAUGGUGGGAAAUAGAGACUUUGCUAACCCAUCAACUCACCGUUCACGCUCAUCACGUCUAAGUCAUUCACUGUCAACUAAGUCCUUAAGUCUCCGGUCUGGCAGCUUGCGGAACUUGAGCUAUUCUUACAGUACUGGUGCUGAUGGCCGCAUAGAGAUGGUCUCAAAUGCAGAGACAGACCGUAAAAAUCCUGCUCCUGAUGGCUAUUUCUGCCGGCUUCUCAAGCUAAAUGCUCCUGAAUGGCCCUAUUCAAUCAUGGGAGCCGUUGGUUCUGUGCUUUCUGGUUUUAUUGGACCAACUUUUGCCAUUGUGAUGAGCAAUAUGAUUGAGGUCUUCUACUAUACAAAUCCGACCUCCAUGGAAAGAAAGACGAAAGAAUAUGUUUUCAUAUACAUUGGAGCUGGUCUAUAUGCUGUCAUUGCUUAUUUGAUUCAGCAUUAUUUCUUCAGCAUAAUGGGAGAAAACCUCACAACAAGAGUGAGGAGGAUGAUGCUUGGAGCAAUUCUGAGGAAUGAAGUCGGAUGGUUCGAUGAGGAAGAGCACAAUUCAAGCCUUCUUGCAGCCAGACUGGCAACUGAUGCUGCCGAUGUAAAAUCUGCCAUAGCGGAGAGAAUCUCAGUGAUACUGCAAAAUAUGACUUCACUUCUCACCUCAUUCAUCGUUGCAUUCAUAGUAGAAUGGAGGGUCUCCCUUCUCAUCCUUGGUACCUUCCCCCUUCUGGUCCUUGCAAACUUUGCUCAGCAACUCUCUCUCAAAGGGUUUGCUGGUGACACAGCUAAGGCACAUGCAAAGACUAGCAUGAUUGCUGGUGAAGGUGUAAGCAAUAUCAGAACAGUUGCAGCCUUCAAUGCGCAAAACAAGAUCCUUUCACUGUUUUGCCAUGAGCUCCGAGUUCCCCAAAUGCAAAGCCUUCGCCGCAGCCAAACUUCUGGCCUCCUCUUCGGCCUAUCUCAACUUGCUCUCUAUGCUUCUGAAGCUCUCAUACUUUGGUACGGUGCCCACCUUGUUAGCAAAGGUGUCUCCACAUUCUCUAAGGUGAUCAAGGUUUUUGUGGUAUUGGUGGUCACAGCAAAUUCUGUUGCAGAAACUGUUAGUCUUGCUCCUGAGAUUAUUAGGGGUGGUGAAGCUGUUGGUUCAGUGUUCUCUAUUUUAGAUCGUUCUACAAAGAUCGACCCAAAUGAUCCAGAGGCAGAGCCAGUUGAAACAAUUCGUGGAGAAAUUGAACUUAGGCAUGUAGAUUUUGCAUAUCCGUCACGACCUGAUACCAGUGUGUUUAGAGACCUUAACCUUCGAAUCCGUGCUGGCCAAAGCCAAGCACUUGUUGGGGCUAGUGGCUCUGGCAAGAGUUCAAUCAUUGCAUUGAUUGAGCGAUUCUAUGAUCCUACCGCUGGAAAGGUUAUGAUCGACGGGAAAGAUAUCCGGAGAUUGAACUUGAAGUCUCUUAGGCUUAAAAUUGGAUUGGUGCAACAAGAGCCAGCCCUCUUUGCUGCCAGCAUUUUUGAUAAUAUUGCUUAUGGAAAAGAAGAGGCAACUGAAGCUGAAGUAAUAGAAGCAGCCCAGGCAGCUAAUGUGCAUGGUUUUGUUAGUGCAUUGCCUGAUGGGUACAAAACACCAGUUGGUGAGAGAGGAGUUCAGCUCUCUGGGGGUCAGAAACAAAGAAUUGCAAUAGCAAGGGCGGUGCUUAAGGACCCAACAAUAUUAUUACUGGAUGAGGCCACCAGUGCCCUUGAUGCAGAGUCAGAGUGUGUGCUACAAAAAGCACUUGAAAGGUUAAUGAGGGGCCGCACCACGGUGCUUGUGGCUCACCGUCUCUCGACAAUAAGCAAUGUUGACAGUAUUGGAGUAGUCCAAGAUGGGCGCAUCGUAGAACAAUGGCAGCCACACCGAGUUGAUUAG